UUUAUUGUUGGAAUAUAAUUUACAAAGUAUUCUAUAUCUUUGCUAAUGUACUGUCGCCCCAUUGCAAUGUGUUUUGACGUAUGCAAGGUGAGAUUGGAUGUGUUUGCGAGCCCUACUUCGUUGCUUCUUUUUAAUCUCUUUGCAAAACUCGAAAGUCUUUCAGUUUGUGAGCAUUAGUUGCUGGAUUAACAAAAUAUUUAGUUUGAUUUUUUAUUAUUACACUGAUAUUGCGUUUCUCAUAAUUUAACGAUUGCCAUUAUCAUAGUACCAAAAGUAUCAUUUUUUUUUACUAAAGUAUUUUCUUCAAACGGAAUCUGCAAGAUGAGAUUUGAGAUGAUGACAAUGAUGUACCUUAUUGUCUCUUGUUUUACCACUUCGCGGAAUCCCAAAUCUGAAUAUUUUGUAUAUGUAUGCAGCAGUUGUCGCAUCGACAAAAUUGUAUUCGAUUUACUUUUAAAUGACUAUACUGUGCUUCUUUUAGUUCGUCAGUUUUCUAGGCUCACCGGCAAUAUAAGUAAUAUAUACAAGAAAGUUCAAUGAUCUGCGCAAAUUGUUGUGUUAGCACUUUUAUUUGGAGCUAAAAACAUUCACCAAUUUCUAGAUAUAACCCCGCUUCCUUGUUGAGAGGGAUUACGGCUCAUUGGGGCCGCAUGCCCCACCAUCCGUAAAUCUAACAAGAAAUAAAUCUUUGGGGUGAAUAAAAAUGUUCUUAUUAGUUCAAGGUACUAGUAGAUGAUGAGAGAUUAUUAAGAUUACACCACAGGAGUGAGGCCAGGAGAAGGGAGCACUGGUUUUCGGGGUUCAGAUUAGUAGCCAGGAGCCAAUGAGGUGCAGGAUACUGGGAGAAACUUGUAAGGACCAAUCAGGAGACGGCGAGGUUAAGGGAGGCGUAACAGCACUGCUAGAGAGAAGAGCUGGGUGAUUAUUCUAAAAGAGCAUUAAUUAAGAUGAGUUUCUUUUCUUCUUUUGUCUUAGCCACUUUGAUCUUUUUUGCUGCAUUGAGAAGGCCAGGAAAUUCCGCCAUCAUAGACUUGAUUUCUCUUAGUGAAUCCAAGAGAUCUUGAAUAGGCAUGUUUUCAGGGGUGUUUGGGUUUCCUCGUUUGGGUGGGUCAGGAGCGAUCCAUUGAUGAUUACUAAACUUGUUUUUUGCUGCAUCUGCGUAGGAUUUUCUUAUCUCCGGAUUAAUUUUGAUCACUGGGUAGGAUUUGCAUCCACGCCAAGAGGCGAGGUGUCCAGCUUGGUGGCAGUUGAUACAGACAGGUUCUUCUAUCUUUUCUUUUAUGUCACAUCUAUUUGUAGGGUGCUUGCCGUUGCAUUUGAUGCAUCUGGGGGUGCAUUUACAGUUUCUUGCACUAUGAUAAAAACCAGCACAGUUGUAGCACAUCGUGGCUUUGUUUCUUUUUCUGUAGGUUUCAACUCUGAUCUUUAGAAAAGCUAUUGAUUUCAGGUUGUAGAUAUCUUGAACAGAUUCAGUCCUUUUUAGUUCAACCAUGAAAAUUGGGUAGAGGGUUUUCUCACGAUAAUUUCUCAGCUGGGAGAUUCUUGAUGGGUGGAAGUUCCUUUCUCUAAGUUCUUCAUUGAUUACACUACUUUCCAUGUUGACUGGGAGACCCUUGAUGAUGAUUUUAAGUGGGCGGUCUUCAAAAGAUUCAGAGAAAACAUAUUCUUGAUUCUUUUCAUCUAGGAGGGUGAGAAUAUUAUCUCUUUCAUCUUUGGCAUAUGGCGAGAUUUGGAUAUAGUUAUUUCUGAAGGUGUUUACGGUUCUUGGGAAUUGUCGACAGAUUUCUUGCAGUAUAAUGCUGUAGUUUUCGGAUAUUUUCAGAUUGAUGGCUGGGAUUUUUGACUUUUGGGGAUCUUCAGAGUGUGUGAUUUCUUGCUUUUUAUAGUCUUCCAAGAGGGCGUAUUUAUUCGCAGUCUCAAUGUCAGGUUCAUUAGUCUUAGAGAGAAUUCUCUUCGCUGUUUUCCUUGGGGAUACUGGUAUGAAGUCGUCGACAUUCAUAUCUUCAUCGGGUUGUGUGGCAUCUGUGUUCUUCUGUGGAGUUUUUUCGGGUGAUGAGUCCGCGGAAACAACGGAUUUGGUGGUUGGUCUAGGAGCAGGCUGGUCUGGGUCAUUCCUUGGUCCUUGAUGUUGAUUUACUGUCAAGAUUCGGAGCUUUUCGUAGAGUUUAUUAAGCUCUUGUUGGGCGUUUUUCUCUAGGGCGGCCAGUUCCCGGCUGUUGGGGUCCUUUCUUAUCAUGUAGCGGACUUCUGUUACUUUCUUCUUCCCAUAAAAUAUAGCAUCUUUGUAUCUCUUUAUUUCGUCGCUUUUAACAAUUGGAUCCAUGUUGUCGAGGUCCAUAGCGUUCGCCACAACUUCCUACCAAAAUGCAAACUUGAGAGUCCACAACUUCAAAAACCACAACCAAAUUUCUAGUUCUAAUGAAUUUUUCAAAAAUAUUUUUCCUAAAGUUUUUAUAUUAUAGUUGCUAGGUUCGCAACUACGAUCACCACUCACACCGAUAUAACCCCGCUGAAAGAAAUCGGAAACAGCUUUAAUGUACAGUCAUAUUCGCCAAAAAAAAAAAAAAAUACUAGUUUAUCGCCAAAUUUUAGUGAAAUGGCCGAAUGCGGCGCGAACGGCAGCAAUAGCGUUUCCACUUGUAAGGUUCUGAUGAACGCUGCAGCAAAUUAACGGAGAUAUAGAAAAAAAAUAAUAAAUACAGUAAAAUGGAAUGCACGCAAAAAAAUUUAAUUGAAAAUAAUGAAAUUCAGCAGAUGGAGUAUGUAUAGCAAGAAAAAAAUUAAGGGAAGAGAACAGGAAAGAUAGAAAUACAGUUACAUGCAUACACAGGUAAGUGAUACAUAAUAAAAAAUCAGUGCACAAAACAAAUAUUUCAGUCUUUACCUAGCACGCUGUAUUGUGUUUUCGGCAGCUCCGUAUUCUCAGACAGCAGGAACAUUUGGCUAUAACAUCCUUUAAAGAUUCCAUUUUAGAAGAAACGGACAUAAAUAUUGGAAAUUAUAUCGAAAUUCGGUAAUUGCGAUAACGUAAAAACAGUAGAAAAGCGGCAAAGAACAGAUAGUAGUUUUUAAAAAAAUGGAGGCAAUGUAACCUCAAACGAAGCGCCACCGAAACAUUGCCAACCUCGCUAGGCGCCAAAGGACUGCAUAUCAAUUUCUUUUCUUCUGCACAUCAAUUUAUCAUUAUUCUUUUUUUUUGUCCUCGAAGUAGAUUCAUUAAGCAUAUCUCACUCAUAUAACUGUUCCAAUCACUAAUUGCAUUUCCACAGAUCUUCAGUUGUUUUUCACAUGAAUUAAUUGAUUCAGCUUUUUUUUUCCUGUUAGGAAUGGUACUACGGAUUUGUAAAUAGUUCUUUUGGUAAAAUGUUUUGUUUAUAAUAUUUUUGGCACUUGUUGGCUGUAACGGCUACCAAAAAGCGCCAAGAAAAUUUUUCUCUAGUAUGGCGAUUUCAAUCGUCACACUACAUAGCCUGUGAUUCGCACGUUCAAAACUCCUCAUAAUAAAUAAUAAUACCCUUGAGUAUAUUUUUAUAAUUUGGCGAAAUUUUUUCUUGGCGUUUUUUGGUCGCCAUUAAAACCGAAUUGUACUUUUUUUAUUCUUGUUGUUGAAUUUUAUUUCAUGGACCUUUUGGAUAUUUAAACGCGAUGUAACUGUCCUCUUUUCUGGAAAAAUAAUACAUCAUCUUCCUAACUAGUAUGAGAAUAAAUGAGACAUUAAGGAAAACGAUUAAAAUUAACAGCGGUUUACGGAAAUACGCAAUCAAGUGACGUCAUUCCAUUUUCAGUAUUUAAUAUUUAUUUGUUUCAGGACGAUUAUCUGUUGGCGAUUUACGUGGCCGACUUCAGCCAAGUUGGCGACGGUUAUGAUUUGUUAGUGGUUUAUAAAGGGGGCCGUUAAUAUGAAUAAUUAUUUCUUUUGUGCAAAAAACAUUUCAAAAUAUUUUUUGAGUUUAAUACAACAAUUUUGAGUUUAAGCAUUAUACAAUUAUAAUGCAAUGAAUUAAGAUUGAUUCAUCUAAGAUUGAUACUUGAGAUUUCUUCACUUCAAAAAAUGGUAUACUUUAUCAUUUGAAGUGCAAAGCAUGAAGUAACGUCAAUAGCAUGAAGGUUCGUUUUGGGAAGGAAGCUGUUAAUUUUAAUCUGUCGAUUAUUAAUUGCUUAAUUUUUAAAAAGAAAGAUUCUUAUAGCUGAUACUCAUUUUUUUUUUACUUUCUAAGUCCUUAUUUUGGAUUUUCCUCGUAUCCUUAAGUGAUAAAUCUUUUAUGAUGAUAAUUUUGUUUCAUUAUGUUGUAUCCUUUAUAAUGGUAAUGGUAUGUUAUCUUUGACGCACAUUUUAUUUAUAGAUGGCUUCAGAAGAAAAAAAUGUACACCAACUUGCUGCUUCUGAAAAGCUUUAUUUGAUGGACCAUUAUAAAGCAUUAGAUAUAGAUUCCGAUCCAAUUUUCCCUAGACUUACUGGACUUAUAUGCACUAUUGGCCCUGCUUCACAGGAAGUGAAUACUCUUCUAGAGAUGUUGAAAGCUGGCAUGAAUGUCGUUAGAGUGAAUUUUUCUCACGGAACUUAUGAGUAUCAUGAAAGUACAAUGAAAAACGCCAGAGAAGCCAUAAAGAAAUUUGCUGAGGAAAAGGGUAUGGAAUAUUAUCCUGUUGCUAUCGCUUUGGAUACAAAAGGUCCGGAAAUCCGUACUGGCUUGAUAGAAAAAGGUGAAAAUGCAGAAGUUGAGUUGGUGAAAGGGAAAACUGUGAAAGUGACAACUGAUGAUGCCUUCUUCAAGAAAUGCUCUGCAGAUGUUAUCUAUAUUGACUAUAAAAAUAUCACUAAAUUUGUCCAGAAAGGUAGUCGAAUCUAUAUAGAUGAUGGGCAGCUAUGCCUUAUUGUAAAAUCGAUAAGUCCUAAUUCCUUGGAAUGUGAAAUAGAAAAUGGAGGCAUGUUAAGUAGUGAAAAAGGGUGCAACUUACCUGGCAUCGAAACAGAUUUACCAGCUACAUCUGAAAGAGACAAGAAUGAUUUAUUAUUCGGUGUUGAAAAGGAGAUGCUAGAGAGUAUGCAUAAGAAACCGAGGCCUACUAGAGCAGAAAGUUCUGACGUUGCCAAUGCUGUGUUAGAUGGUGCCGAUUGUGUGAUGCUUUCAGGUGAAAGUGCCAAAGGAGAAUAUCCAGUUGUUGCUGUGAAAGUGAUGCAUUCUAUUUGCCGCGAAGCUGAAGCCGCAUUUUAUCAUAGAAAUAUUUUCAGUGAUCUGCUUAUGGAGACUCCACUUCCUACUGAUCAGACAACGGCUAUCGGCAUUGCUGCUGUAGUUGCCGCUAUGAAGCAUCGGGCCUCUGCCAUCAUUGUUUUGACAGUCACUGGCAGAACCGCUCAUGUGAUUUCUAAAUAUCGACCUCGUUGUCCGAUUAUUACUAUUACUCGAGAUAGCUCAGUAGCGAAACAAGCUGUCAUGUACCGAGGUAUAAUACCAAUUCUCUUCACAGCUGAAAAACUAUCCAACUGGAAGGAGGAUAAAGAUGAACAAAUCAAGUACUCUAUAGAAUGCAGUAAAAAACAGAACAUUCUCAAGAAGGGUCAAACUGUUCUGAUAGUCUCUGGAUCUCGUCAUGGUCCGGAUACAACCAAUUCAGUUUGCUUUCAUAAGAUUGAGUGAUUUAUUAUUUUGUUAUGAGUUGUUUAUCGUAUCCUUAUAAAUUUAUCAAUAACAUUUUUACAAAUUGAAUUUUAAGAAUGUUUGAAAACUAUAAAGGAUAUAAGAAAAUGAAAAAUAAAUAAUUUUUCAAGUACAUUUUUCAGUCUUUUAUAUUAAUG